AUCACUUGUCUGUUUGUCAGUUCCCGACGUGCAGAGCAGCUGUGAGGACCCGCUGGCCCGGGCUGCAGCGUUAGAGAGGCGAUCUCAGCAUCAGAUCCCACGUCUUUGCACUGACGGAUCACUCCCCUUCUUCUCCGAUCCUCUGUGCUUGUAUUUAAGCGCUGUUCGGGGAGGAUUCUUUGUGCGCGAAGCAUAAAACAGAGCGCUGCUGCCCGUACCUGCGAAUGAAGCUUGUGCGGAGCAUCGGAGAUCAGCGCUGAGGGGAUGUGAUAUAUGAGAGGAUUCAGUGCAUAUCGGAUGCUGCAUCUCCUCCUCCUGCUGCUGCAGCCUUAAAACUCGCACAUCGGGGGCACUGGGAAUCUUUUCCUGCUUCUGCUAAAUAUUUAUUCUCUGCGGAGAAACCCACACUGGAUCUUUUGCCUCCUUCAAUUUAUCUGAAGGCUUUUUGUGUCGCUCUUUAUUGUAACCUGCCCCGUGGAGUUUACAGGAUUCAUCACAAAUGCUCUUGUUUUUUGUUUCUCUAUUUAUUAUUUAAAUUAUUUGUUCUUGUCAGACACGGUUAUCUGUCAGAUCUUGAAGAGUUUUGUUUUUUUUUAUCAAAGGAUUUUGUGCUGCUAAUGUGAUCAGUUUGGCAACGCCAUCCUGUUAAAGCUUUAGAACAGUUCCUUUUUUAUUAUUAUUAUUUAUGGUUCAUCAUUAAUCUGGAUUGGUGCAAGCUUUUCUGUCUAGUCCACAAGUUGACACUUUUAUGAAUGGGGUAUUUUUAAAGGCACACUGAAUAUCUGAAACCCCUAUACUGAUUUCCCUCAGAUGAUAUAUCGGAUUUCCCUGGCAGAUAAAGUCAUUUUAUUGUUUUUUUUCUGAAGAUUUUAUGGCUUGGAUUAAGUUUUAGGGUUGUCAAAAAAAAAAAGACUUGAUUGUCAUCAUUGGACCCCAGGAGCCUGCCCAGGAGAAACUGAAGAUUUAUGUGUGUCUACCUGCCCAGCUGACCACAAGACCAUUUAACCAUGUUGGCCUGCCUUCAGAGAACCCAGAAUCCACCAGUGAAGCACGUCAUAUGUGCAAAUAAGAGUAUAGAGCCUCGAAAGUGUGAAACCGUAACGCCAAUGCAGAGUGCUCGAUAUCCCAGCCCAGCAGAGCUAGAUGCAUAUGCACAGAAAGUGGCUAAUAACCCCUUGACCAUUAAGAUCUUCCCUACGAACAUCAGGGUUCCCCAGCACAAGCACCUUAAUCGGACUGUGAAUGGUUAUGACACUACAGGUCAGCGAUACAGCCCUUACCCAAUGCACACAGGUGGAUAUCAAGGUCUGCUGGCCAUUGUGAAAUCAGCUAGUAAGAGCGUGGUGAAAAAUGCAGAGGGUAAACGGACUAAGAUAUCUUCUGCACAGGCUGCUGUUGCUCCAUACCCAUUGUCAAGCACUUUAACACAAAGCCAAACCUGCAAUGGACAGCUGAACUACCUUGGGAGUCAGAAGCAGCUGGAUGUUCCUCCUAAUGUCACAGUAGCAGCCUCGGUCAUUCCACUGAGCAGCAGAAAUUUGGCACUUCAACAAUCUAAUUUGCCCUCUAUCCAGAGUAUCAUUUACCAGAUUAACCAGCAGUGCCAGGCUCAAGCCUCUCACCAGGCCUGCCAAGGGGUAGUGGUUACGAAUUCUAGUCCAUCGAAGCAGGGAAUGGCUAAUGGCUACGCUUCCAUGACCGGGAAUGCUGUGGCCUACUCUGGGACUGUUUUGCAAGAUUGCAGAGUAGGCAGCGAACUUGCUCUGGGUUCUGUUCCUGUAGUAACUAAAACUGGAUCCUACCAAGAAGGCAUGGACUAUCUGAUUUGGCAACAGAAGCAACAGCAACUGCGAAUCUAUAGUGGGGGCAGUGGUGGGGGUGGGGCAAUUAGCAAAUCUCCUGAAGUUUGCCAUGGAGUCUCCCGCCCCUAUACUCUUGCUAGUGCCGUUGAAAAAGUCAGCUCCUCUCCUUUGAACUGUGUUGGCAUGCAUGGUAACUUUUCUGUCGGGCAGUAUUUUGCCCCUCCUUGGAACAGCAUCUUGGUCACACCCAACAGUGACUGUUACAAUCCACAGGAACUUGCCAAUGGGCACAGAGAAUUGGGAGUCCAUCCAUCUGAUGGGUUAACAAGUAUCCCCAGCAAGACCCUUUGUAAUACCUCGAUACUUAGCAGUAGCCUUCAGUCUUUGGAGUAUCUCAUCAAUGACAUUCGUCCACCCUGUAUCAAAGAGCAGAUGCUUGGCAAGGGUUAUGAGACAGUGUCUGUGCCAAGGCUUCUAGAUCAUCAGCAUGCUCACAUCCGUUUGCCUAUUUACAGAUAGAAAGCCCUGCCCUUUUCUCUUAUAAAGUGAUCAACGGUACACUGGUUCCGCAUACUAACAUAUGCUAUUUAGCUUGAAAAGGCAUGUUUCAUAAGGGCAGAGGGCAGGGCUUUUGAUGGGUAAACUGCACCACCACCACCAACAGGAAUGCAGAGUACCAGGAGCACUCCAGUGGCCAAACUGCUCCAUCUGUUCAAGUGUGAAGUGCACUGCCAGUGCCCAAAUCCUUCUGGCGCCUUAUAUGUUAAUUCAGAUCUAGUUAUUUUCUGUAAAUGAAAUGUACGAGAAUAGCUUGGCCUAAAACUGAUUCCAUCUCUAUGUCCUGGGCUGCUGUAGUGGUGGGAAGCUGCCAGUUGUACCCACAGGGGUCUGAAUAAAAUCAGGUUCAACUCCCUAAAUGAUCUUGAUUUUCCUUUCUAAUCAAAAUGACCAAGAUAUAUGUGUAUAUAUGCAUAUUAAUUUAAAUACAAUUAGCAAGGUUUGAUUCAAAAACUGAAAAGAAAAGUCUGACCAUCAUAGCAGAUAAUGAAGUUGCUAGAGAAUUUAUUUAUUUAUUUGUUGUUCGGGUUUUUUGUUUUUUUUUUAUCUAAUUCUGUCUACUACAUUCCUCCACUGCCACUCCAGGCUGCCUGUUUAAAGGGAAAAUCCCAUGAUAACAUUUUAUUGUCCACCAAUCUCUCCACCAGCCAUUGCCUCCCAUAUUGCUGUUGGUCAGCUGUGAUGUCAUGUGACUAUUGGAUUUUAAUGUGCAUAUCCACCACCCAAGAAUUGACCUUUUAGGCAAAAAUCUGCAAGGUAGUGAGGUAGAAGGCAUCACCUCUCAUUGGGCUGUUUUACAUGACAAAUGGUGCAACAGCACUAUGUGCUGAAACACACAAAUAUUGCCUUGUGGCUUUAUUUCCUCUUUAAUUUGGGGUUUAGACCAUGCAUACAUAUUUAAAUAUCUUUUAUUCUGAUACAACUUGCACCUUUAUCAUUGUAUAGAUAGAUGGUUUAAUAAUGUAAUAUCAUAAAUCAAAUCUUUUAUUUAUUGUGAAUUAGAUCUAGAUAAGAGCUAGGGCACCUGCAGCCCUCCAGCUGUUGCUAAACAACAUCUUCCAGUACUGAGCAAGAAGUUAGAUAUGUGUUUAUAAGGUUUAUAUAUGCAUCUAAUGCUGUAGCUCUUAUGCGCAGUUGGACUGAGUUUAGGUUGUGCGCGCAGGUCACACGAAUAUAGAAACUAUAUAACUAUAGGAGGAUACAUAUUUGUAAUUGGGGAGGCUGGCAGUAGAUAUUCUAUGGGGCAGUUUAGUCUUUAGUUAGGAAGGCCAAGACUCCCAAAAUCUCAUUAUUCUCUGCCUAUAAUGGGAAGUACUGUAAUAAUGAGAAUUUGAGCUAAGAUUGUGUGCAAAAGAAAGAAAUCUUUAUUUAUAGACAUUUCUUUCACUUCUAAUAAUGCAUAGAAACCUAUAGCAAACAUCAAGUGUUUCUUGGCCAUGUUAGACCUUCUGACAUUAGCCCCUAAGCAUCUCUCAAACAUGGGAAACCCUAAAAUGGAAAUGACUCUCUUACCAAAUAUAGCAUAUACAUGCCCUUUAUUAUAUGGUUAGGAACUUCCAUCCAGCUCCUCUUCAAUCAAAGCAGAUACAUCUCAAUAAAACAGUGGCUAAACGGUCAUACAGAUUAACACGCAAAUAUGAAGAGCAUCUACCGGUAGAAAGAACCCUUUUUGGUGGGUAGGGUGCUAAACAGUGGAAGGACCAUCUGCCUGUGAUCCAAGAAACAUGCAGAACAACAGAUACACUGUAGAACACCACAAACUUGAAGUUGAUUUAUUGGCCCCAAAAACAGAUAUAUACAAUGCAGUGUUGAAGUCUUGCUUAUAGUUACAAAGCAAUUAAUUUUGACUGUAGCAUCUCUGUCACCUUAAAACAUAGGGUAUAUAUGAUUUGCUUGCAGAGUUCACAAUUGAUCUGGAUCAUGUCCCUUUAAUACAGAAGUUCUUUGAUUGGUUGGCUUGGAAGGCUUCUAUUUCUACACAUGCUGGAAGGUAUAUGUUAGGCUUCCAUGACUUGAUGGAAUAAUAUUACCUUAUAAAUGAAUAGUGAAAUAUAAUAAGGAUCCGUACACAAAGAAAUUUGAGGUCUAUGUCAUACCUUUUUGUUGCUUAAAAAAUGUGCCUCGAGAAACCAAAAAUCAAGUGAAACCUUACAAGAUUACAGUAAAGCUAUCACAUAUAAUGCUGUCUUUAUAAGGGCUAAUACCUAAUGAAUUUACCUGCCUUCACUGGUUUCCAGGGAUCCAAUGAUUUCAUACAACCACAGACAAUCAUGAAGCAUAAGAAAAGCCUAACAUUUCUUACUUAGUUUUUGUUUGAUUUUUUUAUUCUUUAUGAUGAAAUUUGUUAAAUUAAAAAAAAAAACACUUUUUAAUGAACUAAGCUGCUGUCGGUGUUUACUUCUAACAAUAUAGGAAUCCGACUCUGAGACUGCUGGGGGCCUAUAAGCUAUAGGAGGUCCAGAAAGCAUGAACUUAUUGGCAGUUUCCGUCUAGAAAAAUUUGCAACCCUGCUCAUAAUAGAGUCGGUGAGUCACGUGAUUUAAAUGUCAUCACUUUUAAGCACCAAUGAUAUGGAUGACAUCCCUAGGUACCAUUUAUAAGAGGACAGUAUAUGGUUAUUUAUGUGUAUUAAAUAUAAGCACACUGGAGGGUUCAGUUUAAUUAAUAAACACACUCACUACCUUAAUUUCAGCUGAAAUAAACUGUGGGUACCAGCGUGCAGCAGAUGUGGAAUUGGAACCUGACAUUUGGCAAAUAAGGGCUGUGAUUGGCUAUGUGGUGGAUGCAUUUGAAGUGCUUUGUUUUGGCAGUAAACUCCUAGCACUAUGGCUCCAAAACUUCCUCCAAGACAGGAAUUUAAAGAUGAAUACCACUGGGAGCAAUAUCAAAGACUUGAGGCCACUGGUUGAGGGUUUCUGGGUACACAGCAUGCUAAAAGUGAAAUUUUUAGCCAUCUAUACAGAAAUAAACCAACUCAAAGAAGGACCUAGUAAGUUUUUCAAUGUACAGAACUUAAAUGUCUAUAUACACACUCAUCAGCAUGCAACAUCAUCAUGUGGCAGUGAAGGAAUGCAUGUGUAUCAUUAAGAGCAGAAUUGAUAAAAUACCUUUUGUUUUUCUCAUUGUUUCACUGAAACUCAAGCUAUGAUUUUGGCGAUUUUGUGUUCAGAACAAAGUACAGUAGUUUCCUAGAAUGUGAAAAGGGGAAAUAUGUGCAAAAGAUGCUGCUAUUUUGGAGACAACAGAAUAUAUCAAAUUCUCUUCUGUGCGGGAAAAGGUCAGACAAAUAAAAUAUAUAUAGUAACAAAAAAAUAUCUUAUAUUUAUAAAUACCAGGCCAAUGUUGCUUUAUUUUCUGGAAAAAUAAAAUACUCUUUGUCUUUUGUUCUCUGCUAAAUUCACAGACUGAGACUGGGUCAAAUAAGCAAAAUGUUAGGCUUAUGUUAACUUUCUUUUUGUUUGUUUUUUAAGUCCAUGACUUGCACUAGUAAGAAAAGAAUUAGAACUAAAAGAGAAUGACGGAGGAUAUAUAAAAUGAAAACUUGAAUAUAAUUUUUUUUGUAGUGUAAUAAUGUGUAAAAUUUACAUGUUGGCUGCUAAAAAAAAAAAAAAGAAACAACAAAAAAGCAGAAAAUCUUUCCUCGCGCUCUUUUUCUCUUUUGCUUGAGAAUAGCCUUUGAAAUCUUUGUAAUUUUUUUAUUUCUAUUUUAUCCCUCACAGACAAAAUGUUGAACUGGUUUCCUUGAUUGUUCAGUUUGCUUUCUAGGAGGAGCAAUAGGCCAGGAAUUGAGACAUUAGUGUUGUUAGAAUGUGCAAUCUGUGAAUCUGAAUCUUUCUCUUUGCUAAUCUCAGUUCCAGAAUCCUUUUUAUAUCAUGCAUUAAAUAAAAGAAUUACAUUUUCA